AUGUAUUAUUAUUAUUUUGAAAGGUGUGACCGGAAGCUGUCUGCUCACAUCCGGUGAACUUGAGGCAGGUGUUGAGUUCAAACCGGCUCAAUCUGCAGUUAACGAGAUGACCGAGAUGACGGAACCGACGGAACCGGGAGGAAACACCGACCUCAGCGGAUCCGAGGAGCCGGUUGAGUCCAUCACUGAUGAAUCUGCCCUCAGAGAAGCUUUUGAAAACACUUUGGAGAUCUCACAGGAUGUUGAACCGACAGAAUCUGCAGCUUCAGAGGCGACGGACAGCAGAGAGAAGGUGGAAGAGGAAGAUAGACAGCAGGACGGAGAGACAGACAGACAGCAGGACGGAGAGACAGAUGGACAGACGGUCCAUCCACCUGCAGCUGAAUCCUCCAGUACAGAGUCAAAGUGGGCGGUGGGCGCUCGGUGUCGGGCGGUGUGGUCGGAGGACGGGCGCGUGUAUCCAGCGACGGUGGUGUCUCUGGACGGCGAGCGCUGCAGAGUCCGUUUCAACGGCUACGGCAACCAGGAGGACGUCGAACUGAGCUCGCUCAAAAGUCCAGACGCUGCUGCUCCACAAACACAGAGACAAAACUCUACGGAGUGGAGACCCGGUUCCCGGUGUCGGGCCGUCUACUCGGAGGACAGUCUGGUUUACCCGGCGGUCAUUCUGUGGGUCAAAGGUCAACGCUGCUGCAUUCGCUUCGACGACUACAACAACGAGGAGGAACAGGACGUCGGUAACCUGCUGCACCUCGACGAGCUCCACGGACCCAGCAGAGCCACUGCAGCCAAGGGCAGCAACUGGAAGUCCAGUGGAACCAGCAGUAACCUGGACUGGAAGAGGAGGAGAGAGGAGAACCAGGGGGAGAGAGGAGGAGGAGGAGGAGGAGGAGGAGGAGGAGGAGGGAGGAGAAGAGAGGAGAACCAAGGGGACAGAGGAGGAGGAGAGAGGAGGUCAGCGCGGAGAGAUGAAGAGCAGAACUCCUCCUGGCAGGUGAAAGAGAAAGCCAGUAAUCAGAGUAAAGUGGAGAAAGAAGCAGAAGAGAAGAAGAGAGGAGACCAACAGGCAGAGAAACCAACCAAUCACAGCUUCUCUUUCUUCCCUCCCUUUCCUCCUCCUCCUCGUCAGUCGAGCUCAGAGGACCCCGUGUCCUUCAUCUCUCCUCCUACUCCUCCUCCUCCUCUCUGCUCGUUUGCUGGCAGCUCUGCAGGCGUGGACUCCUCCUCCAGCAUGUUGAUGCUGUGGUACAUGUGUGGCUUCCACACCGGCAGCUACAUGGCUCAGCAGGGGUUCAAGUCUAACUCCAAAGACUGAAAGCCAGAGAGCAUUGUGGGACGAGGUGCAGCCGGGAAGAUCCUCUUUGUUUUCCUUUCAAAGUGAACAUUAUUUAUUUAUUUAGUUUAUUUUAAAGCUCAUCUUAUUUGUUCUUAGUUGGAUGUUUCCGUGCUGCAGGAACGGAGACGGUCGCAGCAUGUAGAGACUGUUUGUGUUCAGUUAAAGAGACGUUUGGAUGUUUGUGUUUGGUUCUGUUGACGGGUUCGGGGUUCGGUCGGUGAAUCACUGGAGACUGUUAGAAAAUGAAAUGAAGAUAUUUGGAGGAAAAAAGUAUUUUGUUAUUAAAAACAUAACUGCAUCUUC